UUAUUUGUUAGCCAUUUGAUCAUUGUGGUCCUGCUGCAUUUUCGAUGGACCACAAGUUGUUCACCGAAAGGGGACCAUCUAUUUAGAUUUGACUUUAAAGAUUUUCCUCAAAAUAUAUAACAUAUGUUCUAUGGGUUUUCACUAUAUGUCCGUACACUCCCUAUAUAAUUAUGCACUGCCCAUUUUUCUUUAUUAUCUCCAUGACCAUGAAUCAUCCCUACGAUGAUUUCCCUAAUCUCUUAUUCUCUAACAACACAGCCACAGCCACAGCCACAAGCACCUCCUCCUGUGUGGAGCAACAUGAUGGCAUCAUCUCUCUUGAUAUGGAUUGGGACUGUGACUUCCACGAUCUCAUUGAAUCUAUGAUGAGUGAUAAAGGAGCCACAACAGAAUCUCCUCCAGUGCUGCCUUGUUACCAUGGCCAAGAGGGAAUUUCAAACUCUUCAUCCACAGGUUUGUCCAUGGCUGAUGAGCUUGAUCAUGAUGUAGAGGCAGAGGCAGAUGAAUCAAAGGGAUUGAGGUUGGUUCACUUACUGGUGGCUGCUGCAGAUGCAUCAAUUGGCGCCGACAAAACCCGAGAGCUAACUCGGGUCUUACUUGCAAAGCUAAAGGAUAUGACUUCAACCAAUGACCGAACCAACAUGGAGAGAUUAGCUGCUCACUUCACCAAUGGCCUCUCAAAGUUGCACAAAGAAGCCAAUGUUCAACGGCAAUAUGGUCCCCACCAACACCCUGAUGUUCAUGACCGGGUGGACGUGAUGUUGGCGUUCCAAAUGCUGCAGAAUAUGUCUCCUUACAUCAACUUUGGUUACCUAACCGCCACACAGGCUAUUCUUGAAGCUGUACAGUAUGAGCGGCGAAUCCAUAUUGUGGACUACGAUAUCACGGAUGGUGUUCAAUGGCCCUCCUUGAUGCAGGCCUUGGUGUCUAGAAAUACAGGUCCUUCGGCCCAACAUCUUAGGAUCACGGCUUUGUCACGCGCCACAAACGGUAAAAAAUCAGUUGCUGCCGUCCAAGAGGCUGGGCGUCGUCUAACCGCGUUCGCGGAAUCCAUAGGGCAGCCUUUCUCUUACCACCAUUGUAGAAUGGAAAGCGACACAUUCAACCCAUCGUCCUUAAAGCUUGUUAGAGGAGAAGCAGUGGUGAUCAAUUGUGUGUUGCAUCUCCCUCGGUUUAGUCACCAACCACCCAAUUCCAUUAUUUCCUUUUUAUCGGAAGCUAAAACAUUAAAUCCGAAACUUGUAACGCUUGUUCACGAAGAAGUUGGUCUAGUGGGAAACCAAGGCUUCCUUUAUCGGUUUAUGGACUUGCUACAUCAGUUUUCAGCCAUAUUCGACUCCCUAGAGGCAGGCCCAGCUCGUGGAUUUGUUGAGCGUGUUAUUUUUGGACCUUGGGUUUCGGAUUGGUUGACACGUAUAGCUAUUACUGCUGAGGUGGAGAGUUUUGCUUCAUGGCCGCUGUGGUUAGCUACUAAUGGGUUUAAACCUGUGGAAGUCAGCUUUGCCAACCGUUGUCAAGCGAAGCUCCUUUUAAGCUUGUUUAACGAUGGCUAUGGAGUGGAAGAAUUAGGCCAAAACGGGCUCGUUUUGGGAUGGAAAUCCCGACGUCUUGUGUCGGCCUCUUUUUGGGCCUCGUGCGAGUCGAGUGAGUAA